AUGACGAGCUACUUGGAUUGGAAGAACUUCUUGCGUGAAGAAGGGAAGCAGCCUCGCAUAGACUCAGUGGUGGAGGAGGUUAUCCAGCGGGAGAUCGCUAAAUGGGUCAAGAUUUUGCGACGUCUCUUGGCAAUCACUCUCUUCUCAGCUACUCGUGGUCUUGCAUUUCGUGGCUCCCAAGGGCGUAUUGGUAAAGCGAACAACGGGAACUUCUUGGGCUCAGUCAAACUACUAUCACAGUUCGACGAUUGCCUGGCAGCCCAUCUCAAUGAGAUCAAACAAGGAACGAGUAGGGGAUCGCCGCAUUACUUGUCGUGGAAGAUCCAAAAUGAGCUUGAGGUGGUCUCGAGUAAAGUUCUCCAAGAAACUCUGGAUGAGAGGAGGAAGGCUGACUUCUAA